CCGUCCACCAUGGCCACCCCAGACGAUGCUGACAAUGGCCUCCAGCCCAGCUUGCAGCCUGUCGGACGCCCACUGGACCUUGUACCUGUCCAACUCAAGGAAGCCGCUCUAGACUCGCCCACCUUCCGCGCCGUCGCUGUUCACUAUGCCAACCAGGUCGAGGNNGGGAUCGAAAAAUGGCUUCGCGACUAUGUCAAGCAGUCACAGAAGUUUGCCGACCGCUUCGCCAGCAUCCAANAAGAGUUCGACAACUUCGACCACUUCCCACCUCCACCUCCAGAGAACCUGAGCCAGGCUGUCAUGGACCAUGACUAUACUUUGCUGGCCAUUACGCGCUACAGCCAAAACACUACCCAUUACUUGAACUGGGUCUUUAACAACGUCGCUCGCUCACGCCAGACCAUGAUUGAGCCAUUGUUGCGCUUCAUCGACGGUACUGACAGCCCUCUUCGUCAGUUCAACCAAGCUCGCAAGGCUCUGGAAAGAACCCAGGCCAUAUUCGAUGCCGAAAUGACAAGGUAUCUUGCUCAAGCAAAGACANAGGAAGCUUCCUCGUUGCGUGAAGAUGCCUUCAAGCUGCACGAGGACCGCAAGGCCUACCUCAGGGCUUCCAUGGAUUACUGCAUUAUGGCUCCCAACCUUCGCAACUCGCUCGAUCAAUUGCUCAUCAAGGUCUUCUCCGAUCGAUGGAAAGAUUUCCGUGGUUACCGUGAUGCCACUUCUGCCAAUUUCCAAAAAUGGGGUUCCGAGCUAGAGCGUAUUCGUGGUUGGAGCAAGGUCAUGCACGAGUCCGAGUCGGCGUUCAAACGCGAACUGAUGCUGGCUCGCCGUCAACUAGAAGAUUCAGCCGAGGUCAAAGCCCGUCCUUCGCGCGAGAUGGAUGAUUAUGCCGUAUCAACUGUGCCAUAUUUAGGCUCUGGUGCUCCCACCUCACCCGUCAAACCCGCCUUUACAAAGCCUGAAAAACAAGGUUGGUUGUUCCUCAAGACUGUACCUCCCAAACCAGCUAGGCCGUCAUGGUCACGGCGUUGGUUCAUUGUCAAAAAUGGCAUUUUCGGUUGGUUGGUUCAAGGCAACAUCUCGGGCGGUGUUGAGGAAAGCGAAAAGAUUGGUGUCUUGCUCUGCAGCGUUCGUCCAGCCGUGCAAGAAGAGCGUAGAUUCUGUUUUGAAAUCAAAACCAAGGACACGAGCAUUGUUCUGCAGGCUGAGACUCAAGGAGAACUUUUGGAAUGGAUUAAUGCAUUUGAGAGUGCAAAGCGCAAAGCUCUUGAGGAACCCCGUAACUCUGCUGUGCCCACUCCAGGGUCCGAUCCUGCUUUUGCCAUCAGCCCACCUAUUGAUCCAUCCUUUGCUGCAAAGUUGACCGACAGCCUGGCUCACUCGACUGAUGAGUUUGGUGCAUCGUUAUCUCCACCCGAACUGGCUUUAGCCAGUAGAAGCAGUUUCGAUGUUAACCCUUCCAGAAGAUCGACUAUGCUGGACUCCGAAGGUAGCCGCGAUACAGCCAACAGGAUUAUUCAAAAGCUCGACUUGCACAGAAGAGGCACAGCAUUGUCUUCGGCGAAUCAGCCUGCUCCAGCUGGCGGUAUCGCCAGUCUGCUUUCAGCCAGUCAUAGUAUCCUGCCCAUCGGUCCUGGUCCGGCUCCAAACACACCACAUCGCUCCUUUACCAUGCCUGCUACCAGCAACUUUGCUCCUGUCACACUUGCAAAUCCUCCCGCCCCAACUAAUCUCAGUAGAAGAGCUGUGGCAGUGAGUGGUCAACGUGCAUCGAGUGGUAGAUCUGAUACCUCAGCCAUGCCUAGCAGUCUAAUGGCAAACCUUUGGGGAUCCUCCAAUUGGGUCAAUAUCAACCGACUCGGUCGCGAUGAUUCCAAGUCUGACCUCACGUCGAGACCUGCAGCAAAAUCCGUUGGCCAAUAUCAUGACGAUAUGGCUAUCAUGGAGGGGAUUGAACCACCUAAGGACCUCAAAAUAGCUGAAGUUGGAUCCAACUCGACUCCGAAUCGCAUAACUCAUCGCAAGACAAUUAGCGCUGGCGAUGCUCUUGAUUCUGCAUCACAAUCUCGAUCGCCGACCAUCCCUCGUGAUGAACCGCAAACAGAAUACCCAGUCUCGCUCAAAACAGAUGAUGUUCUCGUGCUCAAAGAACAUGACGCCGAAUUUCACGUCCUGUUCUCAUCUGUUCCACGUUCCGAAAGGGUUGUUCUCGUCUUCACCGCAAUGUGGAAUCCAAACGAGCAACAAGAAUUCCCAGGUCGCAUCUAUGUGACUACUGAGAAGAUUUACUUCUACAGUAAUCACUUUGGCAUGGUUCUUGUAGCUGAGAUCAGCCUGUCGUCAAUCACAGAGGUCACUGCUGCUCCAGGUAGAGAGAGUGAAUGUGACUAUCUGUUCUUACAUCUCAAGGAAAGCAAGACAGAUUUCCGGCGUGUCACCGUCAAGACCUUCUUGGACGCUUUGAGACCACUUCAACGCAGGCUUGACUACCUUGUACAAUCAGCAAAUUCUGGACAUUCCACCUCCUUGGAAGAUGUCUUUGCAUCAUUCUCCAAGAUAGCAACGGAUGAUUCACAGGAGCAUUCACAGGGCUGGGAUGAGGACCUGCACUCACCUACAGACAGUGAUCUCAGAGUUACGAGACGUCGCUCCAGAGAUCUGAGGGCGAAUCUGCGCAUCGACGGAACGCUCUAUGGUGAAUCAGUCGCCCGAACAGGCAGAGAAGUCACCAAGUUCAAGUUGCCUUCUCAACCUGUGCUUUACAGACCUAAGGACAUGGGAGAUGCUGUCCUUGCCCAAGACUUCAAUAUCAGUGCCAAAGCGCUCUUCCACGUCAUGUUCGGAGACAGAAGUGCGGUGUUCCAGAUGUUGUACAGUAAUCGCCCGAUUGACAAUAUUCUCCUGACUCCCUGGACGCAACCAAAAGAUGGACAGCUCUCAAGACAAUUGAUUUGUGCGAUCGGUCCCAAUCAAGAGACAGACCGACAAACGCUGGAUGUGUGUAAUGAUCAUCUCUGUUACGUUGUGACCCAGACACAAUCUCCAUGGCAGCUCCCCAUGUCCAAGAACUUUCUCUUGCUCAGCAAGUUCGUCAUAACUCACUCGGCAAAGUCCAAGUGCAAGCUUGCCAUUUUCAACAAGGUGGUAUGGAAUGGAGAUGCUAGCGUUGAUCAGAGACUUUCGAUGUCGCAGCGCCUGAUACAAAAGCAAGCUCUGCGUGACUAUCAAGAUGAUGCUGUUGACUUAGCUGCUGUGAUUACAGAUCAAGUAUCCAAGCUCGGUGCCCAAAGUACAACCAAAGCUGCACAAAUCUUUGGCUCUGUCGGCCAGAGUACACAAACGAGCCAGGUUUCGGCAUUAGAUUUACCAACCACUUCAAUCAGUCGCAGAAGACGAAAAGUCAAGAUUCGCACUCUCACUAGUCUCUAUACUGAUGAAGUGCUUGCUCAGGCAUUCCGUCUACUCACCAUGUUGAUCGAUAUCUUCAUUGCAAUUGCAAAGUCUUUCGCAGGUGUGGUCACAGCAAACAAGAUCCUCGUGCUGGUUCUUGCAUUCAGUGCUACUUACAAUACUUGGUAUGGAUACCGAGAUGGACUUGCAUGGUAUGAUGAACGAAAUGCUGGCAAGUUUAUGGCCAGACUUGGUGUCAAGCCCGACCCUACUGUCACUAGGGCGGUCUAUUUGAGCGACAUCGAAGAGUUCGUGGCUCCUGCUUCGAUGAACAAUAUCGAGCUGAAUUCUACAAUCUCGGAUGAGACCAACCAGGUCUGGAACACGUGCCAUGGUACCUUCCGCGAUAUGCUUGCUUCGUCCGAGCUUGAAGACACGGCAACGACAUCAACCUCCAAGGGCUCGAGUAAGCGCUCACAGCUAAGGCUACAACGCACGCGACACUCACUUGCGAGAUACCGACACGAUCUGUUGGUGGCGCUUCGUGUCGUCAACCGCGUUGAAGAAGAGGUGGUCCAUGCCGAAUGGGAGGAUUGGGUGUUUGAAGAAGAGAGAAAAUGUAUCAAAGUUGAGACGAUGAUGCGUGAGCGCAACAAAAGUGGCCAGUCCACAGAACAGCAAGCGCGAGGGGAGAGCGAUGAUCUGGGAGAUGGUUUCGCAGAGUAUUGCCGCAGCUGCAAGAGCGAAGCAGGACGAAUCUUGUCGGACAAGUGA